UGGGAGAAUAGAAGGAAUCAGACAGGGAUGUGUCACCGGUGACUUUAAAUGCCCAGGGACUGUAACGGGAGGAAGAGCAAGCAGUCUUUGGAGAGGCGCCCCGGUUUCGGUGGGGCUGGGGAGCCCAGCCUGCCAGGACCCGGGCCACCCGCCUCUCCGCGUUCUGGGGCAAUGGACAGGACACACCUUACUUCAAAGCUGGGAGCAGCCUGGGUCCGCCUGGGGGUCCUGGGCGCCGCCCAGCACUGCACUACGCAGCGCUGGAAAGACGGGCGAGGGGCGCGAGUCGCCACCCCUCCUCCUCCUCCCCACGAGCCCCGCCCCUCCCCGCGCGUGCAGCCCCCUGGUGGGCGGGGAGGAACCGGCCCUCAAAACCCCGGACCAGCGCGGCCGCGAUCGCGCGCCCCCGCCCCGCACCCCCGGGCGCCUCUGAUUGGUCGCGGCCCGCCGGCAGGUGGCGGCGGCUGUAACAGGCUGGCCCUGCACCCCGCCGCCGCGCGCCCGCCUCCAGCCUCCUCCCGGCUCCCGCUGCGACUGCGGUUCCGGCGGCCGCGCCCCCGCGGCGCUGCGGCCCAGCUCUCGCGCGCCCCAGACCCGGUUCCAGCGCCCCUGGCGCGGGGCUCCCAGCUAUCUGCCCGCGCGGCGCUGAGGACGGUGUCCGUGGCGCGGCGGCCUGAGCCCGGCCGCCAUCCAGAAUCCCGGCCACGGACCUGCUCCAGCCGAGCACCCAGCGUCUCACUUCACCGGCUGUUUGGCCUUAAAUCAUGGGCAGGAAGCUGGACCUGUCUGGUCUGACCAACGAUGAGACCGAGCAUAUCCUCCGGGUGGUCCAGCGAGACUUCGAUCUUCGUCGGAAAGAGGAGGAGCGACUGAGGUGAGACA